CGCCGGCCCCGCGACGCCGACUGUCGGGGGCCCGGCCCGAGCUGGUGUGCGCCGCGCCGGGCCGUGCGGCCGCGGAGCCGCGGCUCCCGAUGGAAAUCAUAUGACAGCCCAUUUGGAUGACAUCUGCUUGAAAUAUCUUCAAAAAUUACAGAAGACAGAAACACUAAUGCAUACAAGAAAGUGAUAAAGAUUUGGGGGGAGGGGGAAGAAGCAACGCUUUCCUGAUCUGAAGUUUGGCUGGAUGUUAAGAUGUCUGUGGACAUGAAUAGCCAGGGAUCUGACAGCAAUGAAGAGGACUAUGAUCCAAAUUGUGAGGAGGAAGAGGAGGAGGAAGAGGAGGAAGAAGAAGAAGAAGAAGAGGACCCUGGGGAUAUAGAGGACUACUAUGUGGGAGUAUCCAGUGAUGUGGAGCAGCAGGGGGCUGAUGCCUUUGAUCCUGAAGAGUAUCAGUUCACUUGUUUGACCUAUAAGGAAUCCGAGGGUGCCCUCAAUGAGCACAUGACCAGCUUAGCCUCUGUACUAAAGGUAUCUCAUUCAGUUGCAAAACUCAUAUUAGUUAACUUCCACUGGCAAGUCUCAGAGAUACUGGACAGAUACAAGUCUAAUUCUGCUCAGCUGCUCGUUGAGGCUCGAGUUCAGCCUAAUCCAUCCAAACAUGUCUCCACAGCCCACCCCCCUCACCACUGUGCAGUGUGUAUGCAGUUUGUGCGGAAGGAAAAUCUACUCUCUCUGGCCUGCCAACACCAAUUUUGCCGAAGCUGCUGGGAGCAGCACUGCUCAGUACUUGUCAAGGAUGGUGUCGGUGUAGGAGUCUCCUGUAUGGCUCAGGACUGUCCACUCCGUACACCAGAGGACUUUGUGUUUCCAUUGCUUCCCAAUGAAGAAUUGAGAGACAAAUACAGGCGCUACCUCUUUAGGGACUAUGUGGAGAGUCAUUACCAGCUUCAGCUGUGCCCUGGUGCAGACUGCCCCAUGGUUAUUCGGGUACAGGAGCCUAGAGCUCGCCGAGUGCAGUGCAAUCGGUGCAACGAGGUUUUCUGUUUCAAGUGUCGUCAGAUGUAUCACGCCCCCACAGACUGUGCCACAAUCCGGAAAUGGCUCACAAAGUGUGCAGAUGACUCUGAAACGGCCAACUACAUUAGUGCUCACACUAAAGACUGUCCCAAGUGUAACAUCUGCAUUGAGAAGAACGGAGGCUGCAAUCACAUGCAAUGCUCCAAGUGUAAACAUGAUUUCUGCUGGAUGUGUCUAGGAGAUUGGAAAACACAUGGCAGUGAGUACUACGAGUGUAGUCGGUACAAGGAGAAUCCUGAUAUUGUCAACCAGAGCCAGCAAGCCCAGGCCAGGGAGGCCCUCAAGAAGUAUCUGUUCUACUUCGAGAGGUGGGAAAACCACAAUAAAAGCUUGCAACUAGAGGCACAGACAUACCAGCGUAUUCAUGAGAAGAUUCAGGAGAGGGUUAUGAACAAUCUGGGGACUUGGAUCGACUGGCAGUACCUACAGAAUGCUGCCAAACUGUUGGCCAAGUGCCGAUAUACCCUGCAAUACACCUACCCAUAUGCGUACUACAUGGAGUCUGGCCCCAGGAAGAAGCUGUUUGAAUACCAGCAGGCUCAGCUGGAGGCUGAGAUUGAAAACCUUUCAUGGAAAGUGGAGCGUGCAGACAGUUAUGACAGAGGGGAUUUGGAGAACCAGAUGCACAUAGCAGAGCAGCGAAGGAGAACCCUGCUGAAGGAUUUUCAUGACACCUAAGUUGGGACACGAACGUGCUGGGGAAGAAAGACGUAGCUGCAAGAUCUCCCCGCUGCCAUACUGCAUGCUGCAGGCUCGCCUUCACAACCCCGGCGACAGCCAGGGCCCCACUCCUGAGAGACACUGGCAACACACCUUAGUCAAUUUGUUUUCUUCUCAUCUUUUUGCUUUUUGUUUCUACCAGGGUAGAGGCCAUGUUGAAUUGGCCUAUUGCAAAGGACUUUUAAUUGCCCUGGAUGGCUGUUGGGAGGGAGGGAACUUUUUUUUUUCUGAAUGGCUAUUAAUAGUAUUAGAUCAUCACAACUUACAUAAUUUUCAAAGGUUGUACAAUUAUAAAAAGAAAAAAAGGCAAACAUAGGAUAACACAGAGUCCUUUUGAAAAAAUAAAUUGGCAUUGGAGUGUUUUCCCCUCUAGCGAUUUUACUUAGAAUGUAACACAGCGCUGCCCACCCAGCUAGCCCCAGACUGUACUGCAAGGAGCCCUGGGGUGACCUUUGUUUUCCAGCAUCACAUGUUUGGCCACAGCUGGAGUCCCAAGGGUAGAGUACAGUUGGCAGAUGGUGGGGAACUGAGCACAGAGUCACACUGUGCCUCUUGCCUUAGCUGGGCAGCAAGGAGAAUAUAGAACAGGGUCUUCUGUGGGCUCAUCUUGAUAUUCUGGAAAGUGUAGUUUACCGGAGUCUGGCUACUGAGGCCAUUUCUCCCAACAGAACGGAGGUGGGCUGAUGCGUCUAGACUAGCGAGUGCUGGCUCAGCGUGGUGCUUCCUUUUGUCUCAAAGAUAGAGUUCCACCUUUGAAGAGAAUGUUCUCCCAAAUAAAUUUGCUUUUCCUUGGUCCCUCCUUUUGUUCCAGUAUUCAACAAGUGGUAUAACUUUGGCCAGGUCACAUGUGGCAUAUCUGAUUCUGUCUUACUGCAUUCUCACAAACAUCAGGGUCAGAGUUCAGCAUCGCCCUUCCAAGGGUUUUGGCCUUCCUGGCUUAAGAGCUAGGUUUGCACAAGUUAUUUUUAUGUUAACCUGGAAUAUGUCCAGAAGCUGCUGUGGGGUGGGGUGGGCUUGCCUUUGCCUAGUUCCAGCUGUCAGAAGACCCCUCUUUAGGGUCUGCAAGUUUAAGGCCAGGAGAAGCCUUGUUGUGAUCUCUGUUCCUGCACUAGAAGGGGCUGGCCAGGGCAAGCACCAGCUCUUGAUAGCCACGCGCAAGGGAAUAAGCUGCUUGCCUCGUGUCCUUCCUGUCUUGAACCUGGUCCUGUGGGCCUUUGACAAGUUAGAUCUGUGAUCUCUGGGGUUUCUGUGGUUUUGUUCAGUGCCUCCCCUCUGAGACUGGCAGAGCUGUCUAUACUUGACAGGGCCUCCUUGAUCUCUAGGAGAGCCUAUAGGGAAGUCUGUGACAAUUACAAUGCAGAUUCUUUGAUACUCAUACAUUUUUCACCUCCAGUCAGCAAUUUCCCAGGUACCAUGUAAACAGUAAAAUUGAGUCAUUCUUGAAGACGAGUGACAGCUGUGACUCUUGGGGUAUAUGGCCAGCUGUUACCUUUCACCUCCUCAGAUUUGUCUCCAGCAAGGGGGAGACUGGGGGGUGGAACAAGUUAGGCGUGUAGUGAAUGAACCCAGAAGAACAGUGGGGAGCCAAUUGGAGAGUGCCUGCUGCAGGGCCCAGGGGUGAACGCUGUGUUGGCACAUGGAAUAUCCUGGUGUUUGAUGCUUUUACCUUUCCAUCAAGUCCUUUCUGCAGCACCACCAUGACACAUGACCAUAGUUGCAGCCUAAAUCCCCCUUGGGUGUUUUCUGGACUGCAGAGUUGCCAUGAUCUCUCCUAAUACCCAGCUGUGACAGUGACCAUCAGAGCUGCGGGAGGCUCUGGCCACACUGUAGCUGAGUGCUUGACCUGUGGAGAGCUGCCUGCCGUGCUCCCAGUGGCUGUCCUUUGUUUAACAUCAGGAAGAUGGGAAAGGGCAGGUGGAAUUUUUUUUUGCCCUGCAAAGGAUAGAGGAAAAACAGUGUUUUCAUGAAUUUACCAGAUCUUUGUUUUUCUUCAGAGAAAAGUUAAUUGAGGCAAUGUCAUCUGCUCAAAGUUGAGUGGUUUAUUCAAAAUAAACUGAGUUUCUGAUUAUAAAAA